AUUUAGAAUACCGCUUAAAAUCGGCAAAUCCCUAUCUCUUUCCGAACGGCAUGAUCAUGUGACAAAUUCCCAAUUCUCUCUUUUUCCCCAUCCCUUCAUAAACCCUACUUUCAUAUUAAUAAAUACAAUUAUAAUUGUUAAUAAAGAGAGAGAGAGAGAGAGAGAGAGAGAGAGAGAGAGGAGGAAAACUCUUUUUAAAUUUUCGCUUCCAAUUGAAUUUUGUGCAAUUUCCAAUGGAUUUCUUCAAAUCUGUAUUUGCCGACGAUAUUCAAUCCCAAUCCUCUCAUCUACCCACCGACCCGACUCCGGACCUGGGAUCGUCUGCUACAUGGAGUUUCGGCGGCUUAAUAAAGACCCUUGCCGACAAGUCCGAAUCCGUGAUGGAAUCUUACCGGAAGGAAUUUGAGGAAUUCGGAUCCGGGCUAAAGAAGGAAACCGAGAUCAUCCGGAGCGUGGCUUCACGCGCCGUCAACGAUUCACUUGAGAUCGGUGCCUCCGUUGCUCAGGAGAAGCUCGAGUCGGUGGGACAAGCCAUUGAUGACAUCGGUAGCUCCGUUUGGAAAUCAACAGCUCAGAUCAUCUCUCACGGUAAAGAUACGUUCUUAUCACCGUCCGAUGAUGAUAAUUCUGAUUCUGAAAGUUCUAAAAGAUUAAGUACUAGUAAUAAUAGCGUUGAUGGAAAACGUUAUAGUCGUUUUGAGAUGCAAAUUCGUGCGCUUCAAUCAGAUAGAAGUACUUACUGUAUGGAACCGGAGGAUUUAGAGGAUUUUGAGAAUUGGAAGUUAGGGUUUAAUUUGGAAGAGAAAAAAGGGGAAAUUGAGGGUUUGUUGAGUGAAAUUUCAGUUAUUCGAAAUAUUUUUAAAGAUGUUGAUCCUGAUGAAGUUGAAUCAAAGAGAUAUUGGACUAAUUAUUUCUAUAAGUUGAAUAAACUAAUGAAAGCAGAGGAAGCAAGAGCUAAGCUUGUUAAACGCGCAAUUUCGGGGGAGGAAGAGGAAGAUUUGAGCUGGGAUAUAGAUGAGGAUGACGAGGAGGGUAGUGGAAAUGUUAAUAGUGUCAAGGAGGGUUCUAGUGAAGACGUUGAGAAAUGUUUGAAAAUCGAUGAGGAGAAAGCAGGAUCCUGUAAGGACAGUGAUGUAUCCGUGGUUUCGAGUAUUUCAACGCCUGAGGAGGAAGGAUGGUAUGCUAUCGAGGAGAUUCAAAGCAUCGAUGACAGUAAAGGGGAAGAUACCGGGAGCAGUAAUAAUAAGGUUGAUCUGCGCAAGCGAUUGACUGUUGCGGAGGAAGAGGAGGAUUUGAGUUGGGAUAUUGAUGAUGAUGAUGAAGAAGAAGAAGAUCAGCCUGUUAAAGCUUGAUAUAAUACUGGUAAUUUGUUUCCUUUGUGGUAUUUGAGACUAGAUUGUUUUCACAUGAGCUAUUGGCAAUUUCGACUACACAGUCCGAUCUUAUCGCCUCACUCGUUAGUUUAUUUACUUGAAUAUAGUUAUGAAACUGCAAUGGUUGUUUACUGUUAGGGGAGAUUGAUGAUGUGCUGGAUAUGUGAUUUCAGCUUGGUAUGAUCAUUGACUCUUUUGCUUUUUUUGAAAUUGACACCGGCUCCUCUAUUAGUAAUCAGAUUGCAUUUUGUUUCUUCUACUAAAAAUAGGUAAAUUAAUCUAUAUACAUUAUACCAAAGAGCAAACUGGUCAUUCUGUAGUCCUCAUACCUUAGUAUGAGGUAGAUGC